AUGAUGCCUACAAGAAGAAGAAACAGUAAAAGCAAACCCAUACGUAACUUACCGUUAAACAAAUACAGUACAACAGUUACACAUGUAUGGCAAUCGUAUUGCAAGAAAACGUCACUUCACGGACUCAAAUACAUUGGUGAUCAUAAGUUAAUUAUUGCUGAGAGAGCAUUUUGGACUAUUGCCUUUGCAUCAGCAGUUAUUUUCGCUUCAUAUUUUGUAUAUCAGAUUUAUUACAGAUACGAUUUAAACCCUAUAAUAACGAGUAUAAAUCCCAUACCAGUAUCUACAAACGAUAUCCCCUUUCCCGCUAUAAAAAUCUGUAAUAUGAAUCAAGCGAAAAGGAGUGUGGUCGAAAAAAUAAAUAAUAAAAAAUACAUGAAUGAUACACAAUCUUUUUUUGAUUACCCUAAAGAUGUCGGGGAAUGGGAUCCGGAAACGGGAUACAAAGAUUUUUCGACCCCCAAGUACCCUUAUCGGGCUUCUGGGGCAGGCUCCAACCACGGUCUGUAUGUAAUUUUGGAUGCAAAUCUAGACGAUUAUUACUGUUCAUCGACUAACAGUGCAGGCUUCAAAAGAUAUUAUUCCCUAAACAACUGCAGAUUGGAAUGUGAAAGUAAUUAUACAAGCAACCACUGCGGUUGUAUUCCUUUCCAUUUACCGAUUUUAGGGGAAAAAGACAAAGACUUAUGCAUGUUAGUGCAGUUAGAAUGUGCACGUGAAGCGGCAGAAUUAAUGAAUGAAAUAGAAACAGACACGUUACAGUCCAGAUGUCGAUGCCUGCCUAAUUGUUACGAAAUAGAAUACAACAUUAAUUUUUCAUACGGCACUCUUGAACACUCUUUUUAUUAUGACGGUUUAUUUCCAGGAAAUGUAACGAAAAAUGAAAUAGCAGAAUAUUCGAGGAAAAAUUUUGCCACCGUUUCUAUAUUUUUUGGAGAGAAUCAUUUCGAUAGGUAUACAAAGAGGCUAAUAUACAGUUUUUCCGAUUUCUUAUCAAGUACUGGUGGACUACUUGGAUUAUUUCUUGGCCUUAGCUGGUUAAGCAUAGUGGAAAUUAUAUAUUACUUGAUAAAAUUAUUCGUCAAUUUAUGGAGGGUAAGAAAAGAACUACACCAAGUCCAGACGCACAGAAACAAGAUAAAGUUAAAUUCAUUAUUGUCGGGAGAACAGCAACGUUUUUAAUUUUUUCGAUUAAGUUCAUGAAGCUUUGACUUUAAAUUUAAAAUCUAAAUAUUUUUGCUUAAGCUGUCGAAAAACAUAAUAAAGGAACGGAUAUGUUGAACA